CGUCUUCCUUGUGUAUGUUCCAUAAACUAAAAGGAUUAAACAUUUUCUUCACCAAAACGAAAUUUUCAUCACUUGGCACAUUUUGCCUGAUUUGCUCGAUGUUUCAGAUACCUGACAGCGACCGGUAAGAUUCAGAAGUAAUGCUGGUUUGUUGUAAAUGCAGGGAUAUUUUCCAUACACUUUAAUUACUCCGGCGAGAGAAAGUUGUCUGUAACGAUGUCACCUGAUUGGGAUUGAAAGAACUUUGGUAAGAAAAAAAAAAAAGAAAAGAAAAAACUCCCCACCCCCACAGAAGAGGAGACCGCCCACCAAAGACAGUCAACCCGAGACCCCUUAUAGAUUUAAAAAGAGACGCUGCAUUCUCAGACUGACACUUAUUCAACACUGCCACCUUAAGCAGAUUACUUUUGCGCUGUGUCAAAUAGUACGUGGUUCCACUUUGCCUCUCCAUCAUGUUUAGGAUGCUGAAACACCACCUCCACCCGGGCAUUUUUCUCUUGUUCGUUUGGCUUUGUCACCUUAUGGAACAUCAAAAAGUUCAAGCUGGCAACUGCUGGCUACAGCAAGGCAAGAACGGGAGGUGCCAGGUGCUCUACAUGCCCGGGAUGAGCAGGGAGGAGUGCUGUCGGAGCGGACGGCUGGGGACAUCCUGGACCGAAGAGGACGUCCCCAAUAGCACGCUGUUUAGGUGGAUGAUCUUCAAUGGCGGAGCCCCUAAUUGCAUACCUUGCAAAGAAACCUGUGAUAAUGUUGACUGCGGGCCUGGGAAGAGGUGCAAGAUGAACAGGAGGAGUAAGCCCCGCUGCGUGUGCGCCCCAGACUGCUCCAACAUCACCUGGAAAGGACCGGUGUGCGGCUCGGAUGGCAAGACCUACAAAGAUGAAUGCGCACUGCUGAAGGCGAAGUGUAAAGGCCACCCCGACCUGGAUGUGCAGUACCAGGGAAAGUGCAAGAAAACGUGCCGUGACGUCCUGUGCCCCGGCAGCUCCACGUGCGUGGUGGACCAGACAAAUAACGCAUAUUGUGUGACGUGUAAUCGGAUUUGCCCCGAGGUGACGUCUCCCGAGCAGUACCUGUGUGGAAAUGACGGGAUCAUCUACGCCAGCGCGUGUCACCUGAGAAGAGCUACCUGUCUGCUGGGCAGGUCCAUCGGGGUGGCGUACGAGGGCAAAUGCAUCAAAGCGAAGUCGUGUGAGGACAUCCAGUGCAGCGCAGGGAAAAAGUGUCUGUGGGAUGCCAGGAUGAGCCGGGGACGCUGCUCACUGUGCGACGAGACCUGCCCGGAGAGCAGGACAGAUGAGGCGGUGUGCGCCAGCGACAACACUACAUACCCCAGCGAAUGUGCCAUGAAGCAAGCUGCUUGUUCAAUGGGGGUACUGCUGGAAGUCAAGCACUCGGGAUCUUGCAACUGUAAGUAAAUCACAAAAGAAAAAUAUGAAACAACACCUCCCCCUGUCCCUUUCUCCAAGCAAAAAGACAAUAUUUGUGUUGCUUUCCCAACUAUUCCCUGAGAGUGCCCUCCUUCACCCCCACUAUUCUCCCCUCAUUCAACCAACCAAUCAACCAACCAACCAACCAACCAAUCAGUCAGUCAAUCAAUCAGUCAAUCCCACCCUUCCAGGCCACUUCACCAACACCAAGCACAUCUUAAGCAGAAAGGACUUGGGAAUGGAAGAACUUGCAUGUCUUUGUCACUGGCUUUUGUUUUGUUCUUGUAUUUUUCCAAUCUGCAAAACAAAAUAACAGGAAGGCAAUGAAUGAAUGAACGAACGAAUGAAUGAAUGAAGCAGGCUGUCCUGAGAGUCUGGUCAGUAACUCAAAUAAUAAAGUAUUGUUGUUUGCAGUGGAACAAUCCUGAUAUUUAUAGCUUAAUCGCUGAUAUAGUAGAGACCUGCCGGAGCCUUAAAUCCCAUUUUUGUUCAUUUUUACAGCAGCGGUCAUAUCUACAGUCUGUAAACAGUCCCACAGUCAUAUGCUAAUUUCAAUGGUGUAUUUGUAUUAUUUUUGUUUCUGUUGUUUUUUUUUUCUUUUGGCUGUAAUCAAUCACUUCAGAAUAUAAUAAUGCACUGCCUCUUGUGACAUACAUCACGCUGCCAACGUGUCAACAUAUAAGAACCCUUUUUUAAACUCUAUUCAUACGACUGUGCAUAAGGUGAUUGUAACAUUGGUGCCAUGAUUUAUGACUAAUGGUUCAUGCAGAGACUACCUAUUUGUUUGAUUGCUCCUACUCUCCCAUAAGACAAAAAAGAAAAACAUCAAUUUGAACAACAGCCUCAAGGAAGGAUCAAAUUUACAUUCCAAGUUGCCAAGUUGUGAAAGAGAUGUCUCCCUGUUUUUUUCUAUCUCUUCUCCUGACUGAGUACCUUAAUGUGACGUGCCUCGAGGUAUGCAAUGGAAACCAAGGGACCAACUUUAUGAUCACCUCAUGAGCUAAAAAAUAGAAUAUAAUGUGAUAUUUUACAGUGUGCAGGAUAAGCAUUCAGAUGCUUGUAGAAUCAUUCUAUUACUCCUCAUCUCAAGCAUUAGGAAAAUCAGCUAACUUCUAUUGUUCGUGCUUAUUUUUGCCAGUGAAUGUGUUGUCUAUCAGAAUAUGUAAAUCCAUUUGGAUUGAUGAGGGACUGCCUGUUUUGUUUUCUUCUUUUUUUUUGUUAUUGUCAACUCUUGCUCUUGCUUGUGUGCUUUUUUUUUUUUUUUUUUUUUUUUUAAUGUCCGAUGAUGUAAAUCUCUUCUGUAAAAAGAAAAGAGAAAAUACCUCAGAGCUGUGUUGAUGAUGUUUGACCUGCUUCCCAGGCUGUCAGUCAGUCAGUCAGUCAGUCAGUCCUCCGUCUCCACUCAAAAAAAAAAAGAAAGAAAAAGAUAUUAGCUAAUCCUAGAACACCAGAGCAUAUGUUUUGUGUGUGUGUUAUGUCAUGUGUGUCUGCUUCUAGGACCCCCCCCCCCAAAAAAAAAAAAAAAAAAUUAACUACCACCUCUUGUGCAUCCAUCCAUCCCUACCUUUCCUCCCACUUCUCUUUUUUGCAAUCCUGACUUGCUACAAUAUGUACGUUUAGCAGUUGUCGCACAUAAUCACACACACAUAACCAAUCAUAAAACAAAUGACAAACAAAUUAGUCCGAGCUUGUGUGUCAGUGGCUUUUGUUGUGAGCUUUUUUUUGUCUUUUUUUUUUUUUUUUUGAGAACAUUCAGUGAUAUUCUGCGCUGUUGUGGUCCAUAUUCAUACAACAGCUACCAUAUAUUCUCCCAUUUAGCUAUUACAGAAGACCAGGAGGAGGAUGAGGAAGAUGAGGACUCAGACUACAUGGCCUAUGUCCAUUUAUCUUCUGUACUGGAUGGAUAGGCCCCCCCUCCCCCCAUCACUGUAGGGGAACAGUCCUAUAGGGCAAAGGAAUCAUGUCCUUACUGUACAUUAUGUGUAUGCUUAUUUAUUUUUUAAUGGAAAAAGGAAGUAUACAUAUAGUUCAGUCUGCUAGAUGUUUAUUUAUACGUUUUUUGUUUGUUUUUUUUUUUUGUUUCGUUUGUUUUGUGUGUGUGUGUGUGUGCGUGUGUGCGCGUGUGUGUGUGUGUGUUUUGUAAUUUAUACAUUUACAAUGUCAGGCUUACUAUCUACCAUUAUAUAAUGUGUUACCCCUCAUUUCACCCCUUUUUGUUGUUGUUCCUUUUACUUUCUUUCUUUUUUUUAUCAUGAAGAAAUAUAUUUGUCCAAAGAGAAGCAGUGUUAUUUAUUUGUCCUGUUACCGUGUAAGUAUAUAAAGUCCUCUACAAGCUGUAAAUUGCAUUCCCUGAGCUGUAAAAAUCUGCUUGUUAAAACUGUCAAAUCUCUAUCACAGAUGUUUAUGUCACACAUACAUAUGUACGUAAAUGCAUGUUUAGGCUGUGUGUUUAUUUAUUGGGAAUAUAUCAAUCAUUUUAUGUACAGAAGUGUUAACUGGUUUGUUUACAACUCAUAAUAACUGACCAAAGGGAUUCUCUCAAUGGUUUUGUUUUUUGUUUUUGUUUUUUAAUUUUUUGUUGUAUUAUUUCUUUUUUUUUUUUUUUCAAAAUACACAACAGUGAUGACAUGGAAGAGAAAAAAAGAGCCAUUUGUUUUUCUUUUCUAACUUUUCUUCAGUUUUAGUUCUUUAGAUGAUUCAUUUCCACAUGGACUUCAUUAGACAUUAUUCAAUAGCAGUUUGUCUCAAAAUGUUAUAGCAAAGGUAAGUUUUUGGAUAAUACUUGAUUAUUUUUUGGAAACAAUGUGCCAUUAACAUUUGUGUGUUGUCUUUUUUUCUUUUUCUUUUUUUUGCCAUUGUGCUCCAUAAUGCUCUUGCAGAGCUGAAAUAGUUUAAAGUACCACUGCAGUACUUGACACUAUAUCAGACUUCAUCACUGUUCUCUUCUUUUUGUUUCUUUUUUUGUCAGAAUGCAUUUUUAUUUUCAAACAUCACAAGAGAAAUACAAAAUUCUGUUAUGAAUAUAUAGUUUUGUAUUUUUUAUGUAAAUGUCAUAUGUACAUACAAAGUUUGAUGGUAUUUGUACAGAUAUGAAGAGUGAAACAAUAAAAGUUUUUUUUCCUUA